CCCAGACACUCCUACCCGCCUCGCCGCCACUACGAGCGCUCCCGAUGUUCCCUCCCCCUCCUCCAUUGAGCGGAACGCCUCCUCCUGACCUUUCUCGGCCUCCAGGAUCCGGGGAGGACUCGGCACCCUGCAGCCUCGGGCCGUCGCCGGCACUGCGGGGUUGCGGGGCGCGGGGCCAGAGGCGGGGCGGGCCGGGGGCGGGGACCUUUAAGAGGCGCGGCCGCUGGGAGCGACACAGACGCGCGCAGCGCCGGGACUCGCCGCCGUGGGACUCGGGCAGCCAGCAGCGCUCCGGCUCCUCCUCCUCUCACGAUCGUCUUCUGCAGCGAUGGACGGAGACGGUGACCCAGAGAGCGUGGGCCAACCCGAGGAGGCAAGCCCGGAGGAGCAGCCGGAGGAGGCAGUCGAAGAGGAGCGGCCAGAGGAAGAGGAGGGGGAGGAGGUGGCAUACCUGGCCGAGCUGCCGGAGCCGCUGCUGCUGCGGGUGUUGGCGGCUCUGCCUGCCUCGGAGCUGGUGCAGGCCUGCCGCCUCGUGUGCCUUCGCUGGAAGGAGUUGGUGGACGGCGCCCCGCUGUGGCUGCUCAAAUGCCAGCAAGAGGGGCUGGUGCCCGAGGGCGGCGCGGACGAGGAGCGCGACCACUGGCAGCAGUUCUACUUCCUGAGCAAGCGACGGCGCAACUUGCUGCGCAACCCGUGCGGCGAGGAGGACCUGGAAGGUUGGUGCGACGUGGAGCACGGCGGGGACGGCUGGAGGGUGGAGGACCUGCCUGGUGACAGCGGAGUGGACUUCACGCACGAUGAGAGCGUCAAGAAGUAUUUCGCCUCUUCCUUCGAGUGGUGUCGCAAGGCGCAGGUUGUGGACCUGCAGGCCGAGGGCUACUGGGAAGAGCUGCUGGACACGACCCAGCCUGCCAUCGUGGUGAAGGACUGGUACUCGGGCCGUAGCGACGCGGGUUGCCUGUACGAGCUCACAGUGACGCUGCUGUCGGAGCAUGAAGACGUGCUGGCCGAGUUCCACAGCGGCCAGGUGGCAGUGCCCCCGGACAGUGAGGAUGCGGGUUGGGUGGAGAUCUCGCACACCUUCACCGACUACGGUCCUGGCGUCCGCUUCGUCCGCUUCGAGCAUGGUGGCCAGGACUCAGUCUACUGGAAGGGCUGGUUCGGGGCCCGGGUGACCAACAGCAGUGUGUGGGUGGAGCCCUGAGGGUCCCCUUGUCCUGCUUCCCGGGCCAGACCCGCUCUGCCUUAGUAGCAUCCUCGCAUUCCGUGCCCCGCACCCUCCUCCUCCCCGUUUCCUCCUUAUCCCUUGAGCCAGGCCCAGCCUCCACGCUGCCGGCAGGUGUCUGCUUCCGGAGUGGGAAGAUGGGUGAGGGAUGGGCCCGGGCGCACCGCUGAACCCCGCUAGCACGGAGCCCGCCCACAAGCGGGCGCUCAAUAAAUGCAGUUUGUCCCUGGAA